GAGGCAGGACUCGUCCCGCUCUGACGGACAUAUAAAGGAGGGUUCCGGCUGUUGGAGGCAUUCAUUCUUGGACGAGCACGCAACAAAGUUUUUCAAAAUGUCUGGCCGCGGGAAAACUGGAGGAAAAGCCAGAGCUAAGGCUAAGACGCGUUCAUCUAGAGCUGGACUCCAGUUCCCUGUGGGCCGUGUCCACAGGCUGCUGCGUAAAGGCAACUAUGCCGAGCGCGUCGGUGCCGGAGCUCCCGUGUACUUGGCGGCUGUUCUAGAGUAUCUGACUGCUGAGAUUCUGGAGUUGGCUGGAAACGCUGCCCGUGACAACAAGAAGACCAGGAUCAUCCCUCGCCACCUGCAGCUGGCUGUCCGCAAUGAUGAAGAGCUCAACAAGCUCCUAGGCGGAGUCACCAUCGCCCAGGGCGGCGUCCUACCCAACAUCCAGGCGGUGCUGCUGCCCAAGAAGACCGAGAAACCCGCUGGGAAGGCAAAGUAAACCUGGAUCAGCUGUGAUCAACAAAAACGGCUCUUUUAAGAGCCACACAAACAAACUAAAGAACAGUUUUCAUCUGUAUGAGCUCCUUGUUUUACUUGAUGUUAAUUUACACUUGUAGCAGUGAGUGAAACACUUAUCUUAGCCUGAUUUAGAGGAGUAAGUGCUGGUGAGAACAUGAAGCAAAACUUGCACAUCUCUCUCACUGCUCUGAUAACAAACUGACCUGUGAAUGACAAUUUACACACAAACACAUGAAACUGUGAACACCCAAGCAUCUUGUACUCUGGACUGAUCCACUUCUCUAUGAACUGUCGGUGCAGAUGAUAGUUCUGUUUGCUCUUGUUCCCUGCAUAUUGACUAGGGGUGUCAUCACCAGGAACGGUGUGUAAAUCAUCUAAACUGUGGAAUUAACAGUCUGUUAGUGUCACUGCCGACCCCACACACCCUGCAGGUGUCACACAGCCAUAGCCACUAAAAACAGCAGACACAGAGCCAACUUCUUCCCCCGGGCUGUUUCUGCGCCAAGCCGGUCACACAACACGAUCACUUAUUGGCUCUUUAUUCACUCAUUUAAUUUCUUGGUUGUGGGAUGGCUGUCCAUUAUAGUCUGUUGCUGAUGAUUAUCAGCAUUGUGGUCUCAAAUUGCGUACCAGAUUCCAAAUUUAUCUGAGGCAUAAAUGUCAUUGAUGUCAAUCCAGCAAGAUUCAAAAAGCGGGGUCUCUCGAAGCUAAUCGCCACUGGGAGGUCCAUCAUUCUCAGUAUACACUGCCCAGUACUGACCUUUGAUGCAUUUGCAAGUGUCGUAGUCCGGCACCUACCGUGCCCUUACACUGAGGGUGGUAGGUGCCGGUUUAUUUAACAAGCUAAUAAUAACUGAUUUGACAACAGUGUAUUUAGAAAUAUUAUUUAUGUGAGCAGUAUUGCAUUGUGGCAUUUAUUGAGAGUAUUAAUUGCUUACUUAAAUAUCUAGAUAGCUAACACAAGAUGCAUGUUUCUUUAGAUGACUUUCUAUCCAUUUUACUAAUAUGUGUAAAUAAUACAAUUGCCUAUUUUAUUGGCUUAGCUCGGGGAAUUACGAGGACAAUUUCUGUUGUACUAUCUUUAGCAAGGAUUAAUACGGGCAGGUUGUUUAUCUUAACUAGCAUGUACAUGUACAUGCAGGUGCAUGUUACUAGUAACAUGUAUCAGUAGAUUAUUAUCUUCUAGCAGCCAGCCAUCAUAAAAGUGUACACUAGUUGAAGUCCAGCUGCUUAAUAGGCACUGCAAGUUGGGAUGGACUGGACAGUUAUAGUCAAUGCAAUUUGAGGCCAAACAUGGCUUUUUUAAACGUAUCAGCCAUGUUAUCUGUAACUUUAAGAACAUUUGCAAGACCAUGUCUUUUGACCAUCAAAUGAGGCUGUGCUGCUUUCUUCUCUCUAGUUCCCUAUUUACAAAUUGGAAACAGAAACCAGAGUACAUUGUUCUCAUUAAUGGAUGUUUUGGUGACAUACAAAAUAUUCCACAGUUCACAACAGUGAUGUGAUGCUCUUUUCACAGAUUCAGCUCUUUUGGGUCGGCUCCUGUGGCUCCCAAUCUUCUUUCUAAGCAGUUGUUUAUGUGUUUUCAUUAAAGCCUUACUUUAAUAGUCAGUUGUCUAUACAAAAAAAAAAAAUACACAGUCACCACCUAACAAUUUAAUCAAACCUUUAGGUCUUAAGAUUAUAACACUAGACAAACACUUCUUUUAUGUAUGUUAUUAUCAUUGUUUCUACUAAGGCUUGUUCAUAUAAUUUAAAAAAAUGUAAGAAUGGGAAUGAGAAUAAUAAAACUGUAAAAAUAAAAUGCUUACUAAAAACCAAGACUCUUAUGCCACAUGUAAACUUCAGUGGAGCCCUUGGACUCUCGCUGUGUGUGUGCAGAUUGUUGUUAUACUCUAUUUAAUUACUGAUCAGUGUCGCUGGAAUUUGCGACAUUUAAAACCACGCAUUAAACCGUUUGAACCAUGAGAUGUAGUUUCAGAAUCGUUCCAGUUCAUGGAUCAAACUCAUCGACCCCGGUAAUGUGAGAGGAAGUGACUGAAACUCCUUCAUGAUCCUCAACGUGUGUUUGCUGCCACUACAAAUGCUUCCGUUUAUUUUAACACGACUCUUGACUGAUGCUGGUUCGACUUUCACUCUCUGAACCAACAUGUGGGGCAACAGGAAACCGGUUCUGGUGGUUGUUUGAUCCAGUUUCAGUGAUUUUAGGACAGAAAUAAUCAGAGUAGCGCUGCUCAGGACGCGGACUAGCUGAAGUCUGGAGGUUCCACAGGCGGAACGCAGCCACCGUCCGAGCUCCACACGAUCUGAACACGAAGACACACGUGUCCGCUGUAGGCUCCCUUCACUGUCCGCCUCCAGCACUUCUCCCUCGGUGACUUUGAGCGGUUUUAUCGGUGUAGAGAAAACACAAGUGUCCCGAUGUCACAGCGUCCAGAAAAGCCCGAGCUGAUUGAGUCUCCACGGUUCUCAUGGUGUGUUUAAGGGCCGCCUCCUGCUCGCGCUUUAUUACAUUCUGACGCUAGUAUCGUGCAACUACUUUGACAAAAUGGCAGAAGAAGCUCCAGCAGCUGCAGCUCCAGCCCCGGCCAAAGCCGCCAAAAAGAAGGCCACCAAGC